AUGGCAUCACCACCAUCCGGGGGGUUCUCCCUCUUCCCGAACCCCAACGCUGCGCCGAGAGCACAGUCUAGAUCCCAGAGCCGGCCACGCGCUGGCACACCUCAGGAAGGACGGACGAGGUCCUCAACCGAGGCCACUCCUCCACGGACCGGCCGCCGGAACUCAUCGGCAAGAGAAGGCAGGCAGAGGAAUCCCUCCAACAACCCCUGGCAACAUGCUCUCGACGGAGCCCCACGGCAACCCGCCGCGGCCGUCGAAUAUGUUGCUGGUCCACCCACCGUGCCAGCGGCGGCUGUAGUGGCACCCGCAGCGGUUGAGCCUACUGUGGAAACCUGUUAUUCACAGCCGGUGACCGACGCGCCGCAGCGAUGCGAGACCGCCUUCUCCGAAGCCCAGACUCUUGUCCGCAGCUCGAGCCAGAGAUCCCGGAGUUCUAUUGCCAAACCGCCAAUAGCCUACACCACUAUGGGGCCGUCCUCAACUUCGGCUUCGGCUUCGGCUUCGGCUUCAGCUUCGCAGUCGAGGCAACCCGCCGGAGAGCAGACGGCCAUCCGGUCCAUCUUCCCCCAGUACAAUCCCGAGGUACCGCUGGCCCAACAGGACUACUAUCCGACCCAGGCGAGCCCGACGCACAUCCCCCAGUCUGUUAUCAGCCGGCCGCUCUAUUCGCCACGAAGUGCUGCUGCGGCAGCGGCCGAGACUGCUUCCUCAUCGAAUGCGCCUGGAGGAGGUUCCCGGGCUGGAGGUGCUCAACAACCGGCCAACUCAGGUGCUGUCCGUUGGCCUCCGGCCAUGGGGCAACGAAACCACCAGGAACUCCUAGAACCCCCAGCGGUCAACACCACCGAGGAGCUGCGCGGGCUGUGGAAGGUGACUAACGGGUGGAAGGCCACCUCGUUCGACUCGCGCAACUACUGCCUCAAGAUGACCACUUCUCCGGAUUUACCACCUUCCUACACCCUGUCUUCCUCGACUGGCCAGCCCUUCUACUGCCUGCGCGUCGACCCGACCUCCUCCUCGGCUCUGGUCACCCUUUCGCGUUACGACCCAAACAGGCCCUUCAAGCCUGCCCCUAACACUUCCUCGUCUUCCGCGGCCAACGCAUCCGGCGCAGGGGGGGCGCUCUCAGUCAGCCCAAACAGCGGCACCUCGUCCCCAUCACCGCGCGCCUCGUCGUCGUUGUCCCGCUACUCGAACUACCCGGCCGUCAUCACGACAGCCGCCUACACCCCGAGCACCACAGCGCCGAAGUACCAAAAGAACUGGCAAGAAGUCCUAUCCACCCACCUCUCGCCUAUCCUCCCAACCUCCUCCUCCCCACCCAACCCAUCCAACAACGACAACACCACCACCGACCCCAACCCCCAAGACGACCCCAACAACGGCCUAAUCGCCCAACUCUGGCCCGCCGCCGCAGCCCGCCUCGUAGCCGACCGCGCCAACGACCUCACCACCGUCGCCCUCGCCCAAGCCGAAUCCGCCCGCCUCGUCUGGGACGCCGAUUCCGCCAACUACUUCCUCUGCCACCCGGCUCUGGCCGUACCCUUCUGUGUCGCCAUUGACCGCCACCCGGCUCUGUCGCGCACCGAGUAUGCCCUUGAGCACUUGGAGUCGCCUACGUUGCUGGCGCGUCUGGUGCGGGAUGGGACUGGCCAGGGGUGGGUGGAGGUUGAUACGGGGGUUGCGGGGAAGGUGGAGGCGGUGUAUUUGGUGGAUGCGGCUGUUGCUGCGUUGGUUAUGGUGGCGCAUUUGGAUGGGAAGAAACAUGGGAGUGCAGGGGGUGGUGGUGGUGGUAUCUCACUAGGCGGGGGUGGUGCGGAGAUGUUUGAUCCGCCGCCGGGCGGGAGUAUCUACUCCGUCGGUGGCGCCGGUGGGAAUGGAGAUGGGCGGAGUAAGAGCCAGAGUAGUUGGCGGGGGAUAAGCCGGGCGAGUCGAAGGGGAGAGGAGGAGAAGAAGAAGAAGCAAAAGAAGCAGAGCAAGAAGGACAAGAAGAACGGGAGAAAGAUGGAGCCGUUUGAGCUGGACUUGGAGAGCCAGGACAGUGACCUUGGGAAGGACUCGGAGAAGGAUAAGGUGCCGGGGGUGCUGCGGGCGUUGGUCAAGUUGAUCACUGUCACGUUCAAGUGCUUUGUGUGGUGUGCUACGAUCGUGUUUAAGGCGCUUAUUGGGAUCUUGUCGGUGUUGACUAAGUGUUGUGGUUUGGGGAAGUUGUAG